AUGUUACGAAUAUGUAAUUGGUUGGCAAGAUGCAGUUUAUCACCAUAUCACUUCUCAUUGAGAUUUCAUUCUAAGAAUCAGUGGCUUUUUAAUGAAUGUGACCUGUCUGAAAUGGCUGUUCUUGGAAGUGGUCCAGGUGGUCAGUCAAUUAACAAGACUGCCAAUUGUGUUGUCUUAAAGCACAUUCCCACAGGUAUCGUGGUGAAGUGUCAGGAUAGUAGAGAACUAGAAAGAAAUCGUAUAUUGGCUCGUCAAAGAUUGAAUGAUAAAUUAGAUGUGCACUUUAAUGGGGAAAAUAGCCGAAUUGAACAACUUCGUCAUCGAGAGAAAUUGAAAGAUCAUCAACUUUAUCUACGAUCUAAAAAACGUCUUGCUGCAAAACAAGAAUUUAAAAAUAUUGUAGGUUUGACAAAAAACAGUUUGUUAGUUCAGAAUGAUGUGAAUAUCGGUUUAAAAGAUGACAGCUAG